UGGUGGUUGCACUCGAAAGCAGAGCAGAACAGAGGUGCCCAGUGCAACCGUUAAAACUGAACAACUUUCUAGUAUGGUUGUGGAGAAAAAGACACCAGUCGAUACAUCAGAUGUUCCAGGUUUUUGCAAUGAAACAGACUCAUUGUCAGAUGGCGACUCAACAGAUGAGUCCGAGAAGGGCACUUCUCCACCCAGUCCCUCGCCCAGUGACCGCCUCAAGCAGCUUGACUCAGUCACAUUGUUCUCUAGACUGAGCCAGGUGGAUCCUCCCACAGCCAGGAGAAUACACCCUAACAACCGGCGGAAAAUCAUCAGGGCACUUGAGGUGUAUGAGCAACAUGGUAUGGCCGCCAGUCAACUCUAUCAAGAUCAGCAUGGCACAGAAAUGGAGCAGGCCAUCAGUGGGCCCCUGCGCUACCACAAUGUCUGUGUCCUCUGGAUACAGUGUCAGCCAGAAGUGUUGAACAAACGCUUGGAUGACCGUGUCGAUGACAUGAUGUCUCGUGGGCUAAUUAAAGAGCUUGAAGAAUUCCACCAUUCCUACAACAAGGACAGACUAACCAAUCACAGCAAGGUGGAAUACCAGCUGGGAAUAUUCCAAAACAUUGGAUUCAAAGAAUUUCAUGAUUACCUCAUUCUUCCUGAAGAAGAGAAGUGCACAGAGCAGGGGAAGCAACUCUUGGAGCAGGGAGUAGAUGACAUGAAACGCGCCACAAGGAAAUACGCCAAGAAACAAGUGCGAUGGGUAACUAACAGAUUUUUGAAACGUCCCGACCCUGAUGCGUGCCCAGUGUAUGCUCUUAGUGGAACAGAUAUAACCAGGUGGGAGGAGAAUGUCGGCUCUCCCGCCUUGGAGAUUGUCUCAUCUAUCAUAGAGGGCCGAAUCCCCAGCCAGGAACCUCUGCCUCUGGAACCCAAUGGGAAGAACCCUGCUGUACACAAUGUGUGUGAUGCGUGUGGAGGGAAGGUGUUUUUGACCCUUGCAGACUGGACACGACAUAGGAAUAGCAAGCGACACAGAAACACUGUGAUGAAGAAAAGAAGAGAGGAACAGGAAUUGUUAAGGAACGAGAGGUAAAUGUGUUAGUUUCUCAUAUUAUUUUGAUUUUGUUG